AUGGAUCGCAAGAUGACAACCAUCUUGGCUGUCAAACCGACUGCCAAACCCUUUCAAGAUUGGUGGGGCUACCAAUCGAUUUCCCUCAAGACCACGGCAGGUCAAAAAGCCGACAAUGCCGAUGGUGAGGGUGUUGUCAUAUAUGUCCUCGAGAACGAAUUCUUGCUCAAGCAACAGUCCGACUGUCAGCCCGGUUUUGAUGGGAUCGAAUUGCUACAUGGGCCUGAACCUCGGCUCGACAGGCCGUCAAGCGAUUUCCACGGCAAUAUCGUGUUGAGUAUCAUCAAGAAUACAGCACCCAAGGCAAAGAUCUACGUAUUGAGGCGGGGAACCACUGCGGAAGAAUUGGACUGGAUGCUACAGGUCGUCAUGAAGCAUCGCCAAAGGCACCACCAGGGACAGCCUGCACUCAUCAAUUGUUCCUUCGGCGUGGGAGUUCGGGCUGUUGCCUCGUCGCAAGUGAAUGCUCUUUUUUCUUGUUACAAAACGAUCGACAAGGUGCUCGAGGCUGGGAUUCUGAUUGUAGCCGCCGCGGGAAAUGAAAAGGGAAUCGAAAUAACACCAGAAAUGCGAAGCAGAUAUUUGGGACAUGUGGAGUCGCUGAGUUUGCAGGUUGCCCAAAUGAAGGAGGCCAACGAGGAGAGCAAGGGGAAUGAGAAGAUAAAGAAAGCGACUAAUAAGAAGGCAGGAGAUGCUCUGAAUGAGAGCCUGAGGAAGAUCGACGGCCUUGGAUUGCCUGCCAUGCAUCCAGGUGUUCUUAUGGUUGGAGGUUACGAUAAGGGGUUCAACUGCCGCCACUUCUAUUACGGCGCAGGCAUCGAUGUUUAUGCUCCUGGAUGUGAUGUCCCGGUUCCGAGGCUCAAAGACGUACAAGGGGGAGGAAAGGAAUUCGACCAGGGGACUUCAUUUGGUAGGUGCCGCAAUCAUGAUAUGCCCGUCCAGCGAAGAAUGCUAAUAUCGAUAUCAGCUGCUCCGCUGGUUACCGGAUCCAUUGCUUCAUUUCUCAUGACCCGGUCGAAUGAAGGCGGCAGGAAAUUGCCCAUACCAUUCAACUCGGCUGCCCUCAAACAAAAGGUUCUCGACAUGGCUGUGCCAAUUGUAGAGCCAACGGUGAACAAAGAAGGUCUUUAUCCUUCCACUGGGUACCGCGCGUUCAGGAUCCAACGACACAAGAUUGAUUAUGAGAAGGGCACGCAACAUGUCCCAGAAAGGACGGAGGAGCAGAAAGAAACAGAGGAGCUUGAACGACGGGAACAGGUCAGAAACGCCAGGAGAGCCAAGGGAGAUACUGGGCCAAGAUCAAACUCAUUAGGAGGCAACUCAAGACUUUCGAAACCGAAUCUAGCAAAACUAUAG